UUCGAUAUGUAUUUUUGUGAUUACUGUGAACUGUUGUGGUCUGCUGUGCUCUGUGAUUGUUGUGAUUGAAGUUACCUAAAAAAAACUAUUGUAGGUUAUUAAUUUAAUUGAAAUUAACUUUAAUUGCAAAUGAAAAUGGGAUUACUUUUCUAAACGUUUUUGGGAUAAAUAAGAAUAUGAGUUGCGUUAAAAGAUUUGUCAAAUAUCCUGUUGCCUUAAUACGAUCAGCAAUUAUAAUAAUCAAUAAUAUUUAUUGCAUUCCAACAUAUGUAAUAUGGAUGACUUGUUUGUGGCCAUUUAAGAUUGUUUAUCCAACCUUUUAUAGCAAAGUUGAAGGAAUUCUAUUUUCAUGGCUCCUAGCAGUUGUUGCAAUGUGGUCAUAUUCCGCAGGAUACGACAUCAUAGAAGUAGGAGACGAUAUAAGUCCUUGCUUGGAUAAACACACUUUAGUAUUAGCUAAUCAUCAAAGUACGGCUGAUGUACCGUUUUUGAUGGCAAAUUUCAAUUCUAAGCCAAAAAUUUUACCAAACGUAAUGUGGAUAAUGGAUCGUCUAUUUAAAUUUACAAAUUUUGGAAUAGUGAGCGUUAUACAUGAGGAUUUUUUCAUUUCAUCGGGAAGAGAAAAUCGGGAGUCAUCAAUACAGGACCUGAAGGAUCAUCUUGAGCAUUCCUACAAAAAAUAUGAUCGUAAGUGGAUUAUAUUAUUUCCCGAAGGUGGUUUUCUUAGAAAACGUAAACAUAUCAGUCAAAAAUACGCCCAACAACAUGGUCUCCCUCAUUUGGAACACGUUACUUUACCCCGAAUUGGAGCAAUGAAAGCAGUCAUUGAUGUUUUGCAUAAGGACCACAAUCAAAAAGAUGAAGAAAACUUUCUUGAUUAUAUUUUAGACAUAACAAUUGCAUAUCCGGAAGGAAUUCCACUAGGACUGCUUGAUAUUUUGAACGGAUUUAAAGGAUCUUGCCAAACCUACAUGCAUUAUAGAUUGUACAAAAUUACAGAGGUACCUAGCGAAGAGGCAUCGCUCACAGAAUGGUUAUAUGAACGAUUUUACGAGAAGGAGAAUAUAUUGAAAAACUUUUACGAAACAGGAUUAUCAGAUGCUGUUAAAUUAUCUUCGCAAUUAAUACGCCAGGACAUUCUGAGGCUUGUCCUUAUAAAUGCUUUUUUUAUUACGUCGUCGUACAUACAUUAUCAAAUAUUUCGCAUCCUUUUAAUGCAAUAUUUCUUUAUAAGCCGAGUUUAUAUUCAAGUUUCCUAAAUUUAAACUAAUACUAAUCAAAUCAAGUUUUAUACUACGAUGCAAAGAGAUUUCUCACAUUACACAAACAUACACGUGUGUUGGGCAACCGGGACUGUUAAACAUCUUAAAUGCAUGUGCCUAAAAUCCGGAUCUAAUAAAGUGAAUGCACAAUAUAAAUAAAAUCAAUUGUCUAUUUUGUUAAAUUUAUAAGUAAGUAGGAAAACAUAACGCAAAUAAAGAAAUUUAUUAAUCAAAAAAUGUGAUACUUAAAAUAAAUGGUGUCGUUAUAUUUUCAACGAAAUUAAUUUUAAAUAAAUUGAUGUUAUAUUUGAUGGAAAUUCUAGCAUAAAUGUUUAA